GAUGAGCAUUGGGGGCCAUCUUGUAAUGGCGGCGAGUGCACCUGUCUAAUCACAUUCAUCAUUAAGUUUGUCAAACUGCCACAAACAUGAACGGCUUCCCGGCGGGCUACGAGAGCGACGCCAGCAGCGAUGAUUGCUACACGGAGCUUCCCAGCGACAAGAAGUCGGCGUCGUGGUUGAAUGAGGAUGCAGAAACUGUGCUGCCAAAUGCAGAAGAUAAAGUUCAACAGCUGAAAAAAGCCAUCAAAUGCGGUGAUGUCGGCACGAUUGGACAUCUGCUAGACAAUGGCAUGGAUGUGGAGACCAAGCUGGGCUUUGACUUCACUCCUCUCAUGUGUGCUGUCAGUGUGGCCGAGGACAACGUCACCAAAGUUCUUCUGGACAGAGGAGCCGACGCCAACUACAGCAAAGACUGUUGGACAGUGCUCAUGGCCGGCUGCACUGCCCAAGCCGAGGAGGAGAAAAUUGCCCGAUGUGUGGCGCUCCUACUCUCCAGAAACGCUGAUCCAAACAAGGUGGACAGUUCCGACAGGACGUGCAUGAUGCUGGCAGCCAAAGAGGAUUAUUGCAAAGUCAUCAACCUGCUGGCGUCCUAUGGAGCAGACCUCAACAUGCAGGACUGCGAUGGAUACACCGCUUUAUCGUUCGCUGUGCGGAACGGCCAAGAGAAGGCGGUGUUGAAGCUCCUCCAGCUGGGAGCAGACAGCACCAUCAGGACCAAUUCGGGAAUGACCCCUGCUAAACUGGCCUUGCUUUUCAAUCACACACAGAUUUCCAGCAUCCUGGCCUCCUCAAUGAUCGCUGAUCCUGUCCAGCCUUUCAGCACAAUGGAGGAAACCCUUUCCAAUUUCAUCAAGACAAACACUCAACCGCCACCAUCAGCUUCUGGGGAAAGUGUCCCCAAACUGGAUGAGCUGGAACUCUUCCUGCAUGGCCUCCAUCUCAGCCACCUUACUGACGUUAUACAUGAGAAGGACAUCACCUGGAGCGACCUGUUGACCAUGGACAAGGAGAACCUGGAGAAGGUUGGUAUCACAGACCCAGAGGAGCAGCAGAAGUUGCUGAGUGCUGCGCAGCAGGUGCACUUGGACAAGGUGGACCUGGACACAAUUGAGCAACUCGGAGUGUCAGAUGCCGGGAGCGAGGAGCUGCUUAACUUCCUAAUCAAACUGAAGCAACACUGCUGCUGCCUGACUGAAAGGGUUCAUGAUACCAUCAGCCGCUUCCCCACGCACGUUUCCCAGCUGGUCUUCUCACUGGACCCUAAGAGGGAGGCCCAGGCCAUGUGCAAAGAACUGCUGGCCCAGACCAAAGACCUGCAGACCGAAGUCUGCUGCCUGCACGAUCUGCUCUGCCAGAUGAAUGAGACCCCACACCACGGUCAGCUACCUCGACCCGCCCCCCGGGGCAACAGGAUGUUGCGGCCCCUAACGGGCAUCGCCGUGGCUGCCGCCGUCCUCUUCUAUCUGCUCAAGCUAAGGAAUGUCAGCCCUUAAUUUUCAAACAUGUCACGCUAUGCUUGAAAUUACUUUUAUGUUCCCCUUUGUUGCCGACUUUGGCGAAUAAGUGCUUUGUUUUAGAGUUUUCAAGAGUAUCAAAGUUUUACAAGUGCAUGUUUGAAUUUUUAGGAGCGGUUUGAAAAAUGAUAAAGAAGUUCAAUAAAUAUUUUUUUUCUUCUAUGCACAUCUUAA